AUGGAUCCAACCGAAGAGGAACUCAAUAACCUCAACACCUUGGAGAAUGCAGCCGACUGGGCAGGCACGACAGGUGCGGUCCACGACCAUCUCAUGGGGAAGUUGGGCAAACCGUCCAAGCUGCGGGACCUGGUCUUCAUUGCCCGUCCUGCGUGGGAUACGGUGGUGGCCAGCCUCACGAUCAAAGAGCCUCAAGCUGAUGGUACAGAGGCCGAGCGAGACUUGACCCCUGUGGAAUUUUCACGGGUCGAGAUCUUUCGCCGGGUGGUAUUCCUGAGGCUCAAGGUCAAUCCAGAUGGACCUGGUGGUGCAGGCCCUCCACAGCCGAUUGUGGGAGCGGCCCCAUUCCCAGGCACUGGAGGAGGACAAGGUCCAUCAUCUCCGACAAGAAAGCUUAAACUGAGCAGCAUCGUAGAUCCCACACUCGAUGCAGAGAUCCUGCAAUUGGGCCAAGAAGAAAUUGCAGAGAUGUUCUCCAAGUACAAGUCCAAGUUCGGCGAUGUCCCGUCAGCAGACGUGGAACCCAGCGCUGAUCAAAUAUCAGCAAUCAAACAGCUUCUUACCAGUGGAGCUCUGCCGUACAUAGACAUGUCAAUCUUCGGGCCACACGCCAUCCGGUCGCUGCGCAGGAGUGUGUUCUCCUCCUACACCCUGAAUGCGGCGACUGGGGAGUGGUCGAAGAAAGAGAGCCCAGGUCCGGCUACUCUCCAACAAUGGGAGAAGAGCUUCAAGACCUACAAGGUGGCUAUGCUCUUGUUGGAGGCUGCAGAUGCGGAGAGACUGGAGGGCUACCUAGAACAUAUAAAGGACCUCCAUGCGCAGUUCGGACAGGAAGCAUGGGGCAUCAUAUACCGUGCAGACGUCAGGAUGAGAAGUGAGUUCCAAGAGCGGAUCCGCAGGGCCCUGGAUGAGGACCCAAAGUAUGGGUACACUAGGGCCUCUCCAUGGAGCUCAGUCUUUGCGGCAACGGUCAGGGAGUCGGACUUUUGGUCCAAAGAAGUGGCGACGCCAGCCACGCUCCUUCUGGCCCGUAACAAACAGCUGGCACCUGAAGAGAGCAGCUCUCAAGAGGGUCGCCCACAGAAGCGCAAGUCUCGGCAGCCAGAAGGCACGCAGAAGAAGAAGGCCAAGCGCAAGUACACAGGUGAGGACAGAUCACGUUGGGACGCAGAACAGUCAAGGUAUACCUUGAACCGAAAAGGGAUCCAGAUCUGCCAGAAGUACAACAGAGGCCCAGCCGAAAGACACGCGGCCACCGCUUCCACGAAGGAAGAGGAGGAAGAACCCGGGAGCUCAAGUGACUCCAGCUCAUCGUCCACAUCAUCAUCCACUACGGUACAAGCAGGAGAGAAGAUCCCAUCAAUGCCGCUGUACGUGGACUACAAGUAUGGGGCCACCAACCUGGACCCGCAGCUGUGGGAUGACAGGCCCAGGGCCCCCCUGCUCUUCUCAGGGCGCCCGAGGGAUGGAGACCUUACCUCCUAUCUUCAUCACAUGGGAUGGAUAGUGGUGGUGGUCGACAAGCAGGGGCCAACUGCGGCAGACCUUCUGGACACGGAAGUGUGUCGCAAGAUCUUCGCGGAUAUCAGGGCUGGAGUCUUCGACGUAGUGGGCAUGGCUACACCUUGCGAAACGGUGUCCCCACUGAGGGAGAAUCCGCCGGGCCCGAGACCACUCAGGUCCCUACAACAUCCGGAUGGGCUGCCCCUCAAAAGCCUUUCCUCAGAGGAGAGAAAACAGCUCAAGGAGGCAAAUCAUCUCAUCGAAUUUUCCACACACGUGACGAGAGAAGUGAGGCGCAUCAGAGCGGCCUACUGGAUAGAAAAUCCAGACCACAAGGAGAAGCUCGACAUGUGGAAAACGAGCUGGUUCAAAGAGAUGACUGGUCACGCGCUGGUGGAAAAGGCGUUGUUUGACCAAUGCCAAUUUGGAGCAGAAACAACGAAGCCCACAAGGAUUCAGACGGACUCCCUUCCCCUUGGACAGAUCAAGGGGAGGAGGUGCAACCAUCCUCCGAGGGAAUGGACCAGACCAAACGGAGAGACCUACGUUUCACCACAUGAGUCCUUGGUCCAGAGGUGGAGUACAGUCAGAGGAGAAAAGGAGCGAGCAUCCAAAGCUCUGGGUGAGUACCCGCCAGCCUUGAACAAGGCCUUGGCAGAGGCGAUGGAGAAGGCGGACCUUCCCCGCGUGAUGAAGCAUCGCGAGGGGUCGGGCGCUCCCCUAGGCUUCACCGAACCCAUUCCUCGUACGGGCAUAUUCCCCGUGGUUAAGGAGGUUGAAUGGGAAGCUGAGGACGCUUUGGAAAUUUUCCGAAAGGGGGGGAAGCCAGCGAGGCCGGUCAUUGGACGAAGACAGCUACAAAGUCUAGCAGGCGCGUUGUCCUUCGUGGCGGGAUUGGUCCCUCUCAUGAGACCUUUCUUGAACUCCCUGUGGGCUGCACUGGCAACGAAUGACGGUCCGAAGCAGACCAGAAAUGUUGUCCAUGUGCGCCGCAUUGGGAUAGCCUUACAGUGGAUAGACGCCUUGCUGGGAGAAAAGGAGGGGCCCGUAUAUGGGGCCGUCGACCCCGGGCAUCCCGAAGCAGCCGCACCAUUGGCACAGCCAGGUGUCAAGGCUUACGCUAGGGGCUCGUUAAACGACGCCAUAAGGCACGCAUCCACAGGUCCGGAAAGGUGUGCAGAACACAUCACAAAGAGAGCAAAGGCAGAUACGUCCAGAGGCCCCUACGAGUCAAGGAAAUCAACGUGGUCUGCCUUGGCCAGGGCGGCGGGUUUCUCAGACCCGUUCCGUCUUUCACCGGACCUCAUCAACACGGUGAUGGGAGCGAUGGACAUGGCCGGCUAUAGAUCAGCAGAGCUAUACAUGGACACAGCCAAGCAGAUACACAUUGAGAGAGGACUGGAUUGGACAGCACAGCUCGCCCAGGCCUCUAGGCAAGCCAGAAGGGCGUGCCAAAGGGGCCGAGGGCCAGCCAAACAGGCGCAACCUUUGCCGAUGAUCGAGCUAGCGAAGCUGAAAGUUCACAAGGACCCAGCAGCUCCUGGAGGACCAAUUUUCCCGAUGAGGUCCGUCAUGUUGGCAUCAUGGUGGCUCCUUCGUGAAAUCGAGGCAAGCUCGGCAGAGAGGUCGCACAUCGAAAUCGACAAGGUCCAAAGACUUAUCCACUGGAAGCUUCCAUCCAGUAAGGCGGAUUGGCAGGCCUUGGGCGCAACUCGAACGCAUUCUUGUAAUUGCGAACAGAAUGCCCGGCAGCCAGAGUGUCCAUACCAUUCCAUGGUGGAGCACCUAGAGGCAGUGGGAGCUAUCAGCGAUCGCUGGGUUUUCCCAUCAGCCACAGGUGAGCAGUCAUCCAAAUGCGGAUGGGCCGACACCAUGCAAUGCAUGGCACAGCAGCUGAAUCUUCCUACGCACACAGACACUGGGGCAAGGAAAUUCACCGGACACAGCGCUCGGGCAACUGGCGCAGUGUACCUGGCACAGACCCAGAGGCGCUGGGGUUCGGAGUGCUUCAGGAUAUACAUCCGCGACGCUCCACUUCAGCAGCUGCACUCCUUGGCAAAAGAAGCUUCUCUCACAACUUCUUUAGCAGCAGCCCGGGCGGAACUUUCUGCGAUCCUCAGCCAGGCGCAAAAUUGUUCCCCGCCAGCCGCAGCAGUUUCCUUACGGAACCAGUCCGUGGACUGCCUUGCGGACUGCGAGGCUGCAGUGGAUAUUGCUCCGCAAUUGGAGCAGCCACCUUCAGUGGAGUUUGUGAUUAACAGAUCUGCCUACGGCAAGAUCCACAAGGUAGCCUGUAGUGGACCAACACGUCCUCACUACCUAUGGCGCACCCAAUGCAACUGGUAUUUUGCACGUGGUCACGCAGACUAUGCACUUGCAAGUCAAGCGGACCCAGACAAGCCAGAAUGCAACAAAUGUUUUAAGCCCAAGCAACAGAAAUUGGAUGAUGAGUCCUCUACCUCUUCAUCAUCCUCAUCGGAGUCAUAA